AUGCCGCCUCUUCCUGUUCUGAUGAAUUUCAUCCGUGCGGGCCCAUAUUUCAUCAUGUUGAAGACCAAGAAUGGGCCUUUGGGAUACCACCACGAGCAGGUAACCCUGUACAUCAAACAUGCAAAUCACUUAGCAAAGGGGGACAUCCCCGAGGGUUGGGCCGAGCCUGCAGGAUACAGGUCAUUCGCGGCAGGGUGGAACAACGAGGACACACCCAGUGCCUUUCCUGUUCAACAUGGAGGUACUGUGGAGAAGCUUUCCGACAUUCGGGUAAUCUUAGACGAGAUAUUCCCACCCACACCAGUCAAGAGGAAAGCUGGGGAGCAGGGAGGUCGAGAAGGCUCCCCUGCAGGACCCAGCUCCGGAUGA